AUGGGUUUCUCAAGGCUCAUCACCGCAGUCACCGUCCUCUCACUCGCUCUCUUCUCACAUGCCGCACCUUCAUCAUUUAAUAAACGCGCAGGCAAGACCGUUAAGUUCGAGGUCACGUUAACAUCCAAAGAUUAUUCGCCCAUCGGAGGUACCCUUCGUAAGACAAUCCUGGUCAAUGGCACAUUCCCUGGACCAGCCUUGAAAGCCACAGUUGGCGACGAUGUCGAGUUCCUCGUUCACAACGAACUUCCAGAUGCUACAACAAUCCACUUCCACGGUAUCGUACAGCAAGGCACUCCUUGGGCUGACGGUGUACCCGGCCUCACCCAGGAGCCUAUUCCAGCUGGCGAGUCCUACCUAUACAAGUGGACAGCCGAUGCCUCAGGAACAUACUUCUACCACUCUCACUUCAGAUCGCAGAUUAUGGAUGGUCUCUAUGGUGCUAUUAUCAUCGAUGCUGCUUCUGACGCCCCAAAGCCAUUCUCCUUGAUCAGCAACGACAGUGCAGUUGUUAAGCAGCUCGAGGCAGCCGACUUGAGCCUUCAGCCAAUCUUCAUUUCCGACUACAACAGCUUGACAUCCAAGGAGUUCCACGAUGCUCAGGUCAAUGCCAACGUUGAUGUCGCCUGUGCCGAUGCUAUCAUCCUCAACGGAAAAGGCUCGCAGUACUGCUUGACCCGUGAUGAGCUCACUGCAUACACCAACCCUAAGGUUGCUGCUCUCUUGGCUGCCGUAAACCCACCUCAAAUCACUGACAAGGGUUGCUUGCCACCCAAUUUGGUUGCGACGCAAGGAAACUUCACAUUCAACAUUGCCUCUCUGCCCUCUACUCUCUACUCAACCUGCACUCCCAGUGACGGCGAGGCCGAAGUUAUCACCGUCGAUGCCUCCAAGGGUUGGGCUGCGUUGAGCUUCAUCAACCCCGGUGGAUACGAGCUUCUGAAAUUCACCAUUGACGGUCACAAGCUGUGGGUCUAUGCAGUUGAUGGUCAAUAUGUUGUUCCUCAACUCGUUGACCAGGUCGUUGUCAACAACGGUGAUCGAUAUUCCGUUCUCGUUCAAUUGAACCAGGCUCCCGCUGACUACGCCAUCCGUGUUGCCAACAACGGCCUUAACCAGGUUAUCAGUGGUUUCGGUGUUCUGAGCUACAAGGGAUCAUCUGGCCCAGCUACCUCUGAUCCCAAUGCAUUGGCCGGCAUGAACUUUGCAGGUGGAAACUUGACAACUCUGGUCGCCUUCAACGACAACAAGGCUGCUCCCUUCCCUGCUGCCGCACCCGCACCAAGUGCUGAUGUUACCUUCACCAUGAACAUCAAGAAACUAGGACAGCCAUUCGGUGCCUACGACUGGACCCUCAGCGGUGUUACUGCUUUCAACGCCAGUCUCGAAGACCAACAUCCUCUGAUCGAUCUCGACCCCACCGAGAUCUCCACCAGCGACCUUAUCUACAAGACCACGACUGGACAAUGGGUCGAUCUCAUCAUCAAGACUCAAGGACCUCUUGCUCAACCUCACCCAAUGCACAAGCACUCCAACAAGGCCUACGUCCUUGGAAAGGGUCAAGGAAACUGGACCUGGGCAACCGUCAGCGAGGCCGCUGCUGCUCUACCAGCAAACACCUUCAACUUUGUUAACCCUCCCCUUCGCGAUGGAUACACUACUAUCCCCAACGAGCAAAACAAUACCUGGAUGGUGCUUCGUUAUGAGGUUGUCAACCCUGGCCCAUUCUUGUUCCAUUGUCACGUCCAGACCCACGUUGCAGGCGGCAUGGCCGUUGCAUUCCUUGAUGGUGUCGAUGACUGGCCAGAGGUUCCAGCCGCCUACGCCAACGGUGGUAACGGACUGGAGACCAGCAAGCUCAAGAAGAAGGGCAAGCUCCACCCCAUCGCAUAA